AUGUCCAGUCUCGGCAGCAAACGAAAACAAGCCAGCAAAACAAAAUCGACCACAUCGUUACCAUCCAAGCCAUUGUUCUUAUGUUAUCCAUAUGUAACCCAUAUGCUGGUCAAGGGCAACUUCAAGACGAUUAUAGAGUUACCAAAAUACGUCGACGUCAACGAGUGGCUCGCUUUCAAUACUUUCGAGUUCUUCAACUAUAUCAACAUGUUCUAUUCAUCCAUCACUGAUUUCUGCAACGCACAAAGCUGCCCUUCAAUGUCCGCAGGUCCAGGCGUCGAAUACACAUGGUCUGAUGCUCAAUCCAAAAAGAUCAAGUUACCAGCACCACAAUACAUCGAUUACAUGGCGACGAGUAUAGAAAACAUGUUGAAUGAUGAAACCAUAUUUCCCACGAAAGGAGGACGAGAGUUUCCACGCGAAUUCCCUACCAUUGUAAAGCGUAUUUUCGGUCAAUUGUUUCGGUUGUUUGCACACAUUUAUCAUCAUCACUACGACAAGAUUCUAUCGCUGAACGAGGAACCACAUUUCAAUUCGCUAUUUGCUCAUUUCAUCUCGUUUGCCCGGGAGUUUGGUCUAUUGGACAAAAAGGAAAUCCAGCCAUUGCAAGAACUUGUGGACAUUAUGAUUCGCAACGGUGUCAUAUCCUAA